AUGCAAUUCUGCCUAUCAAUACCCACAGACCCCACCUGCAACUGUGCAUAUCAAUACCCCCAGAGCCCACCUGAAACACUGCAUAUCGAUACCUCGCGCGCACACCUCAACGUUGCAUAUCAAUACCCCAAGAGACCAGCUGCAAUUCUGCAUAUCGAUACCACCAGAGCUCACCUGCAACUCUGCAUAUCGAUACCUCCAGAGCCCACCUGCAAUGCUGCAUAUCAAUAUCCACAGCCUCCUGCAUUUCUGGAUAUCAAUACCCACAGAUCCCACCUGCAACGCUGCAUAUCGAUAACUCCAGAGCCCACCUGCAACGCUGCAUAUCAAUACCCACAGAGCCCACCUUCUUUCUUAUUUAUUUGUUUUCUUUCUCUCCAUUCUUUCUUUCGUUCAUUCUUUUCUUACUUUUCCUCUUUCCAUCAUUUUUUGUUUCCUUUCUUCUUUCAUUCUUUCUUCUUUCCCAACUUUUCUUUUUUGGCUAUUCCUUUUCUUUCUUUCUUUCUUUCUUUCAUUCUUUUCUUACUUUUCCUCUUUCCAUCAUUUUUUGUUUCCUUUCUUCUUUCAUUCUUUCUUCCUUCCCAACUUUUCCUUUUUGCUUUUUUCUUCUUUCCUUCUUUAUUUCCUUCCUUCUUUUCUUACUUUCCAUCCUUAUUUCAUUCUUUCUUUCUUUCUUUCUUUCUUCGCAUCUUUCUUUUCUUUUUUACUUUCCUUCUUUCUUUCCUUCUUUUCUUAUCUUUCUUCUUUCCAUCCUUCUUUCUUUCUUCUUUCUUCCCUUCCUUCUUUUCUUUGAUUUUCUUUUUCUCUCCUACUUUCUUUCCUUCCUUAUUUUCUGAACUUUUGUUUUAUUUUUCUUACCUUCCUUCUUUCUUUUUCCGUUUUUCACCCCUUCCUUCUUUUCUUGUUUUGCUUUUCUUCCUCUUUUAUUCUUUCUUUCAUCUUUUCUUUUCUUACCUUCCACCUUUCUUUCCCUCUUCCUCUCUUUCCUUCUUUUUCUCAUUCUUUCUUUACCACCUUCUUUCCUUAUCUUUCUUCUUUCUAUCAUUCUUUCUUUCGUUCCUUUCUUCUUUCUUUCACCCCUUACCGUUCUUCUUUCCAUCUUUCUUUCUUUUAUUCUUUUCUUAUUUCCUUCUUGCUUCCCUUCCUUCUUUUCUUGUUUUGCUUUUCUUUCCUUCUUUCUCCCAUUUUCUUUCCUUCCUUCCAUCGUUCUUUUUUCCUCUUUCUUUCCUUCAUUCUUUCUUUCUUUCUUUCUUUCAUUUCAUCCUUCAUUCUUUCGUUCUUUCUUUCUUUCUUUCUUUCUUCUUUUCACUCUUUUUUUCCCUUCCUUCUUUCCUUUUUUUACUUCUUUUUUUCUGUCUUUCCUUCCUCCCACUUCUCGACACAAUUGGUCUUGUGCCUUAUAUAAGUUUCACUGAAGAACGCGGACGAAGCGGGAAAGAAAUCGACCAAGUUAUGUGCCUUGGAAAGACCUAA